CUAGAUCAUCCACGAACAGCGCCUCCCUCGCGCACUUUGCUAGCUCCUAACUCCUAGCUCCUAACUCCAUGUACUGUAGCUCUAUUUCUUUCAUCUGCUUGAAAUGACGUCAUCGGAACUGCCCGACCCCGCGUUAUCACCAGCGUCUGCGGCCGGCGCUGCGGCCGCGCAGCCGCCGCUGCUGCCGCUGCUGCUGCCGCUGCUGUUGGGUCCGCUGCUGCUGUAUGCGGCGCUGUGGGCGCUGCGGGAGCGCCGCACGCGCCGCGCCCUGCUCGCCCUUCGCGCCGCGGGCGACCCCACAGGGCCCAACAGCCGCACUGGCCCCGCAGGCAAGCAGUCCCUAGCAGCGGAAGCGGCGACAGUGGCCGCGACACCCGGAGUGACGGACGGUUUGGCGGCGGGUGCUGGUCGCGGCGGUGUCCAGGGACCCACGGGGCACGCUAAUAGUGAGGAGCCGGCGGCGGCGACAAAGGCGGCGGAGGCGGCGGCUGUGGCAACAGCGCAGCCGGAUGGCUCUGGCAGCGGAGGAGAAGAGGAGUAUGGAGACGAGCCGGAGCUGCUGCGCUGGCGGCGCUUCGACCCGUGCACCUACAUGCCCCGGCUGCCGGCGCGCUGGCGGCUGCUGCUGCGGCUGUUCCGCUUCUGCGUGGUGUGCCGGCCCAGCAAUGACGCCUCUCUGGGGGUGCGGGGCUGGCGCUGUGGGCUGCUGCGGCGCUGGGACCUGGUGUUUCCGGUGUUGACGGUGUUUGACCGGCCGGGUCAGACCGUGCCGGGGGAGGGAUUCCACGAGUGGCCGCUGUUCGACAUUUUCAAGAUCCCUCUGGGCCGCCUGGGCGGCAGCUGGGAGCGCUACCUGGAGCUGUACGCGUCCUUUGAGGCUCGCGGCCUGCUGCACUGCGAGGUCGUACACCUGGGGCCGCACCCGCCGGGGGAGCGGGACCUGUGGCAGGGGCAGGGGCAGGGUCCGGACCAGAACCCAGAGCUGGGAGCGCCGUACGGGCGGGAGCACGUGCAAGAGCGGGGGCAGCCGCAGGAGGAGCCGGCCCCACAGCCGCCGAUAGCAGCUACAGCUGCCGACGCUGACGGGGCCGCCGGCAGCAGAGGAGGCCACGGCAGUAACAGCAGUCGCAGCGGCGGCGGCAUUGCUGCUACAGCCUGCGGCAUCCCCGGCGCGCGUGGCAGCAGUUGUGGCAGCUCCUCCUCCUCCUUCUCUCUCACCGCCCCCUCUGCACGCACGGCCCUCGGCGGCAGUAUCAUGCGCGCUUUCCCCUCCUUCGCCUCCUCUGCGGCCGCCUGCAUGGACGGCGGCGGCGGCGGCAGUAGCCGCGGUGGCGGCGGGGCAGCUGAUGACCUGCCCGGCGGCAGUAGCAGCAUGAGCUGCACCAGUGACACUGCUACUGCCGCACCUGGGUCCGUGCAAGCCCCCGGCAGGGAUCAGGAGAAGCAGGCCCCGCCGCAGCCGCAGGCACAGCCGCAGCCGCAGCAGGGCUUACAGAAGGAUUCUGCCGACGAUAGCGGCACCAAGCGCGAGGCGGCUGCGGGCGCCAAGGCAGCGCCCUGCGCCAAACCCAGCGCAAAAUUCAAACCAGCCGCCAAUCCAACCACCAAAUCAGGCGCCAAACUGGCCGGCGGGCGCGAUGGCGCCGCUGACGCCGCCGCUGACAUGGAUGCCGACGCCGUAGCACGUGCGCUGCACCCGCCGCACGUGUGGGUCGGCGCCCCCGGCUCCUCUGCCGCCCGGUCCCUGGUGUGUGAGCUGUGGCGGCUGUACGAGUCCACGGGGCGGCGCAACGGCUUCACGGAGGUGACCCGGGAGCAGUUCACACAGCUGCUGGAGCAGGCGCCGGGAGUGCAGGUGAUUAUCAUUCGCGAGGGCCCCCGCCCGCCCUGCUCCGCCGCUCCACCCGCCUCCUCCACCUCGUCCCCAUCCUCCUCCCCACCCUCCCCAUCACCACCAACAUCAACAUCAUCAUCACCCGCCGCCGCCUCCCCGGCGCCCGUGCUGGCCUUCGGCGUGGUCCUGCCGCAGCGCGACAGCCUCCAGCUGCUGUACGCCGGGAUGGAGUACGACAAACCGAUUGUACGGGAGAGUAACGCUUAUUUCCAGAUCGCGUUCGUGGCGCUACAGCUCGCGCUGGACCACAACCGGAGCUGUAGCACCAGCAGUGGCAGUACCGGCAGUACCGGCAGUAGCAGGGGUGGGGCUGUAGCAGCAGCGGCGGCUGGAGCAGAGGUGGCGGCGGCCGAUCCGGCUGCGGCGGAUUCACAGGCGAAGGCCGCAACGGCUGGCGGCCGCAGUAGCCGUGGUGACGGCGCGGUGGGCGGCGCUUCCGUGGAGCCGGCGGCGGCGGCGGCGGAUGUGGCGCCAACCAGUCCCUUCUCCUCUGCGUCGGUGUCCGCUGCGCCCCCGCAGCAGCAGCGUAAUAAUGAGCAGCAGCAGUCGGCUGUAGCACCAGCCCCUCAACAGCAGCAGCUGCUGCAGCGGCGGCAGCAGCUACAGCCCUUUGAAUGGCUGGACCUGGGGCCGGGACACAGGUUUGUCAAGACGCACCUGGGCGCUGUGCCGCACCCGCUGUGCCUGUACCUACGCGGCGUGGGGCCGCUGAGCCACACGCUGGCGGGGAGGCUGCUUUCCCGACACCUGGACGCACGUAGCCUGCUCAACGACCCAUAGGUUGGUAGAUAGGUAGAUGGAGAGAUCGGCACCGGCCUGACGUUUGAUGAAGAUUGAUGUGAUGGCUUCGGCGUUGCAGUUCAGGAUACUUUGGUUACUUGUCAGGCUUGGCCAUUAUUGGCGUUGCCGCGACGGGGCAUGUCGUCCGCCGGCUUUGGGUGCCGACAGGUGAUUAGGGUUUGUGUUGCGUUUGAGAGACAUGGUGUGGUAGUGUGGCAGGCCUGGAUUGUGGCCGACUGAAUGUACCAGUUGAUCCAAGCUUCGGCACGUGCUCCAGAGCUGUGCAGCUUCAGUCGUGAAGUGACGCUUCCAAAAGGGACUACGGGAGAGGAUGCAUGUUUUGCGUAUGUAAGUCUUUGAGGAGGACCCGGGGUUAUGCCGUUAUGCCGUUAUGUAUGCUGGUACGGCCGGUGGGGGCGUUGGGACAUCUGCAAGCUGGUGGUGCUGGUGGUGCACCGGUGAUGGCUUCUUACGAAAGGAAGGGCCGGACCGCAGCCCCUGACUGCAGCCCCUGAUCUUUGCAUGCAUGGGAGCGGUGUAUAGCGGAGGGCGGAGCUGGUGGCAGGCACAGCAAGGACUCCCUACGGGAAUCAGCUACACCCUACGAGACAACCUGCCUUACCACUGUCCCAUCGCACUCCCUACGGUGCUCGCGUGGUUCUUUGCAGGGAAGAGACAGAGCAGCGUGUGUAAGGAACCGUUGCU